UUGUUUGCAACCGGUAGCUUUCCGGUACGGGCUCCUGUUUUCAUCGAUUAAAAAAAUUAGCAUUAGCAGCCCAAGCGAGCAUGCUAUAGCUUAAAUUCAAAUACGUUUGCGUUGGCAGACGAACGGUUAAUCUGUGACUCUUCAAACUGGGUGAUAGUUUUCUCUUUUUUGUGUGUAUAAUAUAGCUAGGCUUGUGUUGUCACAAACCCUGAACGGAGUGUUAGCUACCGUUAGCUAGCAACGUUAAUGCCACAAUAAGUUAUUUAGUAAACGGGGAGGGGGGCUGUUGGUGAAAUUAGUCGUUAGUUCCACCCUGUGUAACGAUGCGGACGGAACCAGUUUGAAGAAAAAAAAAGAAAAAAAACGGCUACAGUUUACAAAGGGGCUAAGGUUAGGAUAGUAGGUUGUAUCGGAGGCCAACUGUCGGGAUGGCUGCUGCACAACCUGCAAAAGGACCGAGCACUUCGAAAAGUGAAAACGUCGAUCUGUACAGUGACCUGUAUCCAAGCGAUGAGGAUUUGGAUAAAGUUACUGAAGCGAAUGAACUCUUUGAUGCAGUCUUAACUGGGACUGUUGACGAAGACAAAAAAGUUUCUAGUAAACCAGUUUCCACCAAAAAGGCUUUUGGAGAAGAAGAUGAUAUAAAUGAUAAGACAGCACAAAACGAAGGAAAACGAGCGAGAAACCUGUCUAUAUAUGUUGGGAAUUUUCCCUGGUGGACAUCCGACCACGACCUCAAAAGCCUGGCCCAAAAACUGGGUGUUAAAGACAUUGCAGACAUCAAAUUUGCUGAAAACAAAGCUAAUGGCCAGUCAAGAGGCUAUGCAGAAGUGGUGGUAGCUUCAGAACAGUCAUUAAAAAUAUUGCUAGAAAAAAUGCCACAGUUUUGCAUUAAUGGGGAAAAGAUACAAUGUCGCUUUGCAACUCAGCAGAAUCUUUCGGUGUUUGAAGGCAUUGCAAAUAAACGUAUACCCCUACGUGCUCGACUGGGUUCUAGGGAUUCCGAUUUUGUUGAGAAGACUCAAACGACAACGCCUUCACAAGAAAUGAGUGCUCUUCCUUUUCCUCCGCCACUUUUCCCAUCACACCCAUUCGCAAACAUGUUUCCCUCACCUCCCACUCCUUUUCUCGGGCAGCCACCUCCACUGUUCCCACACAUGGCACCAAUGGUUCCUCCCCUAAUCCCACCUCCUGUUUUCCCUCCCCAUCCUGGGCAAAUCCCUGGUCAUUCUCCUCCAGAGCUGCACAUAAACCCGCCUUUCUUCAACCUGCCGCAAGACGGGCAGAACAGCAUGUCACACACCGAAAAAAAGCAAACAUCUUACAGUGAAAAUGGAGACUAUGAGGAGCAGAUGAACAGAAACAGAGCAAUUGCCAGCAGUGCAAUAACUAAGGCUGUUUCAGGAGCUGCAUCUGGAGACGUGCAUAUGGCCAUGGAAACGCUAAUAACUGCUAUUUCCAUCAUCAAGGAGUCCAGAGUGUAUGAAGAUGAAUACUGUCAAGCUCUUGUCACCUCCCUUAAAGACUGUUUGUUUUCAAUCCAAGGGGACUAUAGCCCCAAGCAAAGCCGACAUUCCAGAGAAAAAGACCGCGACAGGGGGCGUGACAGAGACCACGAGCGAGAGAGAGACUACGAGCGUGACAGAGAACGUGACAGAGAGCGUGCCAGGGAGAGGUACAGGGAACGAGAUGAUGCAUAUGACAGGAAAAGUGUUGGAGGAUCUCGAAGAUACAGGGAGCGUACCAGCAGUGAAGAGAGGGACAGGGAGCGCUCGAGAGACCGAGAGCGACACAGAAAUCACAGGGACAGAUACCACUAAGUCGGGUGAUGUUGACCGAACCAGAAAGGCAUUUCGAAUUUUGCACCAAGCUGUAUAAUAAUCAUAAGGAAUCUUAACUUCAAAGUGUGAAAUGUUUUUUUGUUUUUUUUUCGUGCCUCUAAUACAUUCGUUGUAAAAGUUAAAAAUGGCCUGUACAUUGUUUUGUACAAUAGGGACAUUUGCAUGAAUGGACAUGUGUUAAUAACUUGUAAAAGUUUUCCUUCCUGUUUUGUAUAAACUACAAACUGAAAAACAAAAUCCUUCAAAGACUUUUUGUCACAAUCUUUAAUUAAAGUACCUAAAUUA